UUUUCUGAGGGGUGCCGUGAGCCUAAUAAGGUUGAGAGCCACUGGUGUAGUGUGAAAGGCAGGGAUGAAGAACCUGGAGCAACCUGCUAUGGUGAAGACAUGUUACAGUCUUCUGUACUAGUUGGAACUCCCUGAGUACUUGUUUCCUGCUCAGCUGUAUUGGACUGCUAUAGUCUAGACAGGAGAUGAUAAACACACGUAUAACUCGGGCUUGGUUCUUAUCUGAUAGGACGAGAGGGAGUCUGUUAGCUCAGAGAUCAACAGCCUACAGUCCAGUCUGCAAGCUGGAUCUGGCCCAUGGUUCCAUUGGAUCUGGUCUGCAGAACUGGCACUUCAGUGGUGUUUGGCAGCAGGAGACGUUGUGUAUGCCAUGCUGCACCUAGGCAGCAGGUGGUGGGUGGCUUUGCCUAUGCUAUGUCAUGGCUAGGUGGCGGGGAGAAGUGGCAGCCAGGUUCUAGCAUCAGUGGAUCUCGGAACUGCUGCUGCCAGAAAAUGUUGCCAACUGUUGUGCUAGUUAGUUAAAGAUGAUAGCAUUGCUUGCUGGUGCUGCUUUGUGGGCAUAUCUACACGUGCCCCUAUUUCAUCAUUGUUACUGCUCCAUCAAUUAGUACUUCCUUUAGGAAGUACAGCACAUUGUUAUUUUAGCCACAACGUUGCUGUAGCGAUAUGCUAUAGUUGUAGCAUCAGUUUUUGCCUGCCGACGCUACGUUGUCUUAGAGUGUUGCUACAGCGCCGUAGAUGUGCGCUGUGAGAGUUUAGUGCCAGCAAGGAGUCCUGAAACACCUGUAAACCAUGGAUUGAAUUGGCAUCUAGGAUUCAUCUGAUCUUAAUUUAUGCACUGAUCUUGUCCAAACACUGUGUCUGUGGCAAUGGUAUGGUCUCUGUACUAAAGUAUAGUUAGAGUAUGUUGUUGGUGCUGGAGUCCAUGUCAUCUGAUCUGUUCACCUAGUGGCUCCCUGUAGAACCUGAAUGAGGCUGAAGGAGAGAGUUGAUCCUUGUGCGACUCCACAAAUGAAGUGUCUAGUAGUGGGAGUGCAGUUUCCCAUCUCAUAUCUUUGGACAGAAGAUUAAUUAAACCAUUUUAGUGCUUUCCCCAGGACACCCUCCAUCUCCCAGGUAGGAUAGUAGUAUGUUAUGAUUGACAGUGUUUAAUGCUGCAGUGAGAUCCAGGAGGGUAAGGAUAGACAUCUGCCUUCUAUCCACUGAUGGGAGGAGAUCAUCUCAGUGAGGUCAGUACCUAAUGUGAGGUCAGUACCAUAGCCUGGCCAGAAUCCACAUUAUGCCAUAUGCCUGAUAUUCUAGUUUGAUUUUGUUUUUGGUUAGAUUCUCUGUGAUCCUGCUUACAGCUUUGAUACUGGACAGAAGGUUUGAUACUUGACAGUAAUUGGCUAGAACCAAUGUAUCUAGUGGGGCUGUUGUGUAUUUGAAGGGGCAAGCUUCAUUCCUUUAAUGAGUCGCUGACUGUUUCCUUCUCUGAAUGAGGCACUGGAAGCAGCUGCUCUGAGGACAACAUAUCUGGGAUGUUUCAGCAUCACUGCUGCUGGGGUUUCAGUGCAGGGUCACUGACUAGAUAUGAUGAAACAGCCAUUGCUACCAACUGGCAAAAAAAAUUGACUCCAGAGCAGUUCUAUGUCACAAGAGAAAAAGGAACAGAACUGCCAUUUAGUGGAAUCUAUCUGAAUAACACUGAGCCAGGGAUGUAUCACUGUGUCUGCUGUAAUGCCCCACUCUUCAGUUCAGAAAAGAAGUAUGAUUCUGGCACUGGAUGGCCUUCAUUUUCUGAGGCCUAUGGAACAUGUGGCACAAAUGAAAGCAAUACCAAUAUCAUGAGGCGUCCAGAUAACUCAUUGGGAUCAACCAGCACGGAGGUCCUUUGUAAGCAGUGUGAUGCCCAUCUUGGCCAUGUGUUUGAUGAUGGUCCUAUACCUUCUGGUCAGAGAUUCUGUAUCAACAGUGUGGCAUUAUCUUUUAAACCAAGUUCAGGCCAGUAAGACGGAUCUUUGCAACCUGUGCAUUGAAAUGAAAGUACCAUGGCUUUCCUUGUGCAUUGCGGAGAAGAUGCAGUGUUAAGUGCCAAAGAAGACUGCACCAUGGGGCCCUGGAUGCUACUGCACUUUUGUUUCAGAAAUAUUGCAGAUGUUGAUAAAAAUAUAUUUAUUGUGAUUUCUAACCCAAAAUGUACAUUGUGAUGUUUAAUUUAGUUUUAAGUAGUUGAUGCAAUGAAUUAGGUUUGACUAAUUCUUAUAAAAGUAGUUUUUAUUAAAUACUUUAUUCAAAAUACUCAGUUGAACUUCAUGUUGUUGAAAUAAAAUGAUUUCUG